AUGUCUCAAUCAAGUCCUAUCCUACGUGGUUUCGCCAUCACAACUGCCAUAGCAGCUCUAUCAGCCACCGGUUAUGCUAUUUACUUUGACUAUCAAAGGAGGAACAGCCCGCAAUUCAGAAAGGUGUUGAGGCAGAGAGCCAAAGAACAGGCUAAGGUGGAACAAGAAGCCAAGAGUCACGCUAAAGAAGUGAAGCUGCAAAAAGUUACGGAAUUCUUAUCCAUGGAAUUGGCCAACGAUCCUAUUCCUAGUGAUCCCUCUGAAAGAGAGGCUACAUUCACGACUAACGUGGAGAAUGGUGAAAGAUUAUCUAUGCAACAAGGCAAAGAACUAGAAGCCGCCUCUAAGUUCUAUAAGGCAUUGACUGUAUAUCCUCAGCCUGCCGAUUUGUUGGGUAUUUACCAAAGGUCCAUUCCUGAAGCCAUUUACGAGUAUAUUAUCCUAAUGAUUGCCAUCUUACCUCCAGCUAAUGUGGCCUCCUUCGUUAAAGGUGUUGUUGGAAGUAAAGCCGAGUCAGAUGCUGUUGCUGAAGCCAACGAUAUUGAUGAUUGA